AUGGGCACGAAGGAGGUAGUGUGUUGUGGAAGAUCUUGGAAGCAAGGAGCCAACUUCAGGAAACAUUACAAUCGUAAACAUAAUCGUCGUCUGAAUUGCGUCUUCCAGAACGACUGCGACUAUCUCGGGGCAGACAAGAAGGAACUUCAUCGUCACUACUGGGUAUCUCACAAGGAAUAUGCUCGAGCGAACAAGAUCCCUGAUCCGAGUGGAACUUGCGAGGCUUGUGGGAAGUAUUUUAGUCGGAAGGAUCGUAUCCCUCGCCAUCUUUCACGGUCGCUUUCAUGCCGUAUUAAGUUAGGGCUUAAGAAAUAG